AGGAGUGUGUUUGCGGGGUCAUAUGGGAAGUGUAUGUUUGACUUGAUAAAGAAGAGCCCAGUUAUCUUCCAGGGUGGUUGUACCACUGGAUGUCCCCACCAGCCAUGCAAGAGAGAUCCGGUUAUUCUGCAUUCUUCUUAGCACUUGAGCAGCAUCUCAGACAUGUUGAAAAAGACGUUUUGAUCCCUAAAAUAAUGAGAGAAAAGGCCCGGGAGAGAUGCUCUGAGCAAGUUCAAGAUUUCACGAAAUGUUGCAAGGACUCUGGAGUCCUCAUGGUAGUAAAAUGCCAGAAAGAAAAUUCUGCAUUGAAAGAAUGUCUAACUGCUUACUAUAAUGAUCCAGUCUUUUAUGAAGAAUGCAAAAUGGAAUACCUGAAGGAAAGAGAAGAAUUCAGAAGAACUGGAAUUCCUUCCAAGAGGAGGCUGCAGAAGCUUCCCACAAGCACGUAGGCGGAUAUUCAGAUGGUCCUCAGGGCCCCGAUACUCAUGGGAAUCACAGGCACCUGCUGUAACAGACUCAAAAAGUCUGUUUGCUUUAUCCUUAACUAUGGAAAUAACUGUAUUUGAAAUAAAGAUUUUUUUUGAACUUCA